CUUUUAAAAACUCCCCCCUUGUUCCAGCUGACCCAAAGUGACGUCACUGCGCGGCCCUGGAAGUGUGCGUGAAAAAAAGCCUUGAUCUUGACCAGUCUCUCUCCAAACUCACCAGUCUAACUCACGUGUGCUUUAUGUAGUUAGCUGCACCGUCUGAGCCUUGGACUGGAUUUCCGGGGCAGGGAAGGGGGCCAGUUUUGCAACCUGCAAUUAAAUGACCUGCCUUCCAACCGUGCGUUCACACAGAUGCCAGCGGGCGGCCUGGAUCCUUGCCAUGAAGAAAGGGAGGAUCAAAAAAAGGCCUGGAGAGACCACAUGGAAAUUGUCAGUUUAAUUGGGUGAAAUAUAGGGAAGGAGGAACCACCCACCCACCCCCAGGCUAGGGUUUAGCCCUGGCGGCUGUUACGGUGAUGGGCUUUCUCUCCCUCCCCUGCGCUAGGGAGCUUUCUCCCCCAUUUGGAACGGGGCAAGACGUGUGCCUGCCAGAACUGUGUUCUAGAGGCAUUUUGGAAAAGAUGCUCUCUGUCGCUAGGUCAAAGGUUCAAUGUAUUGGUGGAGAUUAACCAGCAAGGUUCCUCUGCUGAAGGGCAAAGUAAGGGUGUGCGUUGGGGUGCAAGAUUGUGCCCUUUGGCGCCAUGAACCCACAAGGCCUGCUGCAAUCCAGGCAGUGUGUUUCGCCAACAGGGAAUGGCGUUUUUGGGCUCGAGCUACCAAGGCGCAGCUGUUGCCGUUGUGUUUUCUGCCUUUUGCCAGCAUCCUUGCCCUGGUUCAAGCCACGCAAAGCAGACUCGAGUCAAAGUACGCAGCCGGCACGCCACUCCCGCGAUGCUGCCAAAGGCGGAAGACGAUGUACAGGCCUUAGUACGCCGCUUCUACAGUCUACAGAGCGAGCGUGUGGAAGCGUAUCGCCUCUUUGAGGAAGGUCACCGAGCGUACCUGAGAAGCGGCCCCUCGUAUGACUUUGUCCGGUACCGUCAGCUGGUACACGAGAUCACACUGGCCUUCAAUGGAAUCUCGCAGGAGAUCCUGCAGAUCAAAGGACAGCUUGAAGGUCCCCACGGGCGUGCAGAUCUUGCCCAACACUUGAGACGUAUCCAAGAGAAGGAGAAAGAGAAACUCGAACUGACUGCAGAGUUGCAACUAGCCAAGCAGAACGUGCAAGAUCAUCCCGGUGUGGGCGCACAUGAGCAAGAAGUGCGGGAGCUGAAGCAGAAGCUAAUUCAAACCAUCGAGGCAAUCAGCGAAAUUCUCCAAGACUUCAAGUACGAUUCGGAAGAGAGCAGUUGACGGGACAUCCCGAGGGAUCAGCUUUGGCGAAGCAGGGGGGGGGGGAGAUGUUUGGGCGGGGUGAGACUCCGCCAAGUCCUGAGUGCUCUAUGCCCCUUCUUGCCCUUCUGUACUGACCUUCCGUGGAGCUGACUCGCACACAGUCCUGAUGUCAUGGCAGGAGUGGCUAAGGCCUGGCCAGGCCCUGUGAUGUCCCCGUCUCUUACAGAAAACACCCCACUGGCCACCUUCAGAGUAGACCCACCUUCUCCCCUCUCUGCAGCAGGUCCAAAAUGGGUGUGUGUGUGUUGUGUUUUAUCUUUCCAGUUGGCUCUCUCCCUUCAAUAAAUCAGUUACUUGUA